AAUGAGUCCUGUCAUGCAGUCCCGGGCUACAGUGGGACCCUUUUAAAAACUGCUUCACUCUUGGCAGGAGAGAUGGAAAGUGCUGUGUGGAAGGCAAAGAAGAGGGUCCUCCCGCCAUGGAUGGCAGCAAGGGAAGUGGAGCCAAGAAAGACUAUGUCAGCAGUGAGAGCCAAGAGGGCGAAGAAGCCAGCUGUGGCAAGGACCGUGACUAUCUAUUGUAUGAACGAAGCGGAGCUGGUGGAUGUGGCAUUGGGGGUCCUGGCUGAGAAUUGUAAAUACAAGGAAAUGGAGGGGAACGUUCCAUCUGAAACCGAAGGGGAGCAGGAAGGCCAGCAAACGCCGACGGAGCCUCAAUGGAGUCCAGCAAGCAGUGGCGGGGCCAGCACCCCCAGGCCAGGCCCCGGGCCCCACGCUCAGCCAGAUGCUUUGGGCUGUGCUAGCAGGACAGACACGGAGGACGACGAGGAUGAUGCUUUGAAAUACGUCCGGGAGAUAUUUUUUAGCUAA